UGCUGGACAUUCUCUGAACAAAACAAACGGACAAAUCCCACCCGACGACGACGACGAGAGAGGCGGCUUCGGAUAUCGGAACCCGUGCUGCUCUCCAAGCGACCUCGCCGACUGCCCGACCAUUGGAAAUUGGAUCCCUGCCGUCACGAUCGAAUCGCUCCCAAGAUGCGGCUCUCCUCGCUGUCGGCCGUGCUCGCCGCGGCGUUCGCGUGGACUGCGGCGGCCCAGGAGGACUUUAGGAGCAUAACGCUCAAGACGCACACUCUCGAACAACCCUACCUGGACUCUGACAUGCAGAGCCGAUGGUUUGACUUUGGCGGCGAUACAAUUAUUCGGACAGACUCAUACAUCCGCCUGACCUCCGACCGACCCUCGCAAAACGGCUGGCUCUUUUCACGGGUGCCCCUCACGGCGACCAACUGGGAGAUUGAGGUUGAGUUCAAGAUCCACGGCAAGAACUCACUGUACGGCGAUGGCUUCGCCAUGUGGAUCACGAAGCAGCGCGGCCAGCUCGGGCCCGUCUUUGGCCACGCCGACAAGUUCGAGGGCCUGGGCAUCUUUGUCGACACGUACAAGAACAACCGGCCGGGCGUCGUCUUCCCCUACGUCAUGGCCAUGUUUGGCGACGGCCAGACGUCGUACGACAAGAACAACGACGGCAAGGACACGGAGCUGGCCGGCUGCUCGGCGCGCGGCCUCCGCCACUCGAGCAUCCCGACCAAGCUCCGGUUGACCUACUUCCAGGACAAGAGCCUCAAGCUGGAGCUGCAGUACAAGACGGUCGGCGACUGGCUGGUGUGCUUCGAGGUGCAGAACCCGCCCUCGAUCCCCAACAUUGCGUACCUGGGCUUCAGCGCCGAGACGGGCGAGCUGAGCGACAACCACGACAUCAUCUCGGUCGUGUCCAAGAACCUCUACACCAGCCCCGUGGCUAGCGGCCCCGGCAAGGGAGCCCCGAAGGGCUCGUACAAGGUCAAGGCUCCGGUCGAAACGAGCGGCGGAAGCUGGACGUGGUUCUUUUUCAAGAUUGUCUUGUUUAUCCUCGUGGCGGGCGGUGCGUACGUUGGCUUUACCGUGUACAGGGCAAAGUCCAAGAGCCACAGGUUCUGA